AGUCCUUUUAAUGGCGUCUACAGCAGGAGCAGUGGUCACAUGCCUGUCUUCGCAGUCACCAGGGUCUUUGAUUUUCGAAGUCGAGCUGCCGGUCCCACCCCGUGAUUCUAUCAGCAGUAGCUCUCGCUCCUAUCUAGCGCCUGGCGGUGCACCGGACGUUGCUGUACUUGUAUGGGGCUCGCAAGUUUUUGCUGUACUCCCCAAGACGUCCGAUUUGCCCGUCGACCUCGACUGCGAGCCUGUGGCUAUAUCCAUGCAUACUGAGGAGCAGUACGCCUUACUUGACGAUGGUCAGGUGGUUACCUUGGGAGAGCCUCCUCGACCAUUCAGUCCUCUCAAAGGCUUGGCGGUUGACCAGCUGCAUGCAGGCACCAACUUCUUGUUGGUCCUGACUCGGGACGGCGAUGUCUACACAUGGGGCCUAUCACUCUUCGGUGCUCUCGGCCAUGGAGAGGUGAGCGAAGUCUCGCAUCCUGGCCAGGUAGCUCUUCCUGGUCGAGCGAGGUCGGCGGCAGUAGGUCCGGAGCAUGUGUUGGUUUACACUGAAGACAACGGCUUGUAUGGUUGGGGUAACAACUAUUACGGGCAAGUUCAGCCAGGUGCUGCAGAAGUAGUACCUGUGCCGAUCCUCAUCGACCCUAUAGUUCGCCUGCUAUGCUCGAAGUGCGCCCCCGUUAUGUCCUGUGGGAGCGAUCACUCAGUGGCUAUGUGUGCAUGUUGUGGUAAGGAUAGUGAGGAGUUCAAGGAAGCUAUUGUAUGGGGUGGUCAGCGGCGUCGCUCAGUGUCACCUGAACGGAUAAAGUGCUCCGCAGAGUCCCACCUCAUUCGGAGUCUAGGCUCGGCCAGUGUUGUCGCAGGGCCUUCUGGCUCAUAUGUUGUCUUCGGAUUCCACUCUGACGGGAAUGGUGUGAUCACUGGGGAGCGUUCGAAGGACGGCUAUUGUUUGAGUGAUAUUCUAAUCGUCCCGCAGUAUAUCCUUCUCCUCCACACGGUAUCAGCCAGUGGGAAGCACCGUGAUCAUCGCGAGUGCAUGCAGACAGACACAUGGUCGUUCAGACCGACAAAUCUUCCCGCUAAGUCCUGGUUGGAAAGGCGUAGGCAUCGGGCACAGGUCGCGGAUGUCUUCCAGAGAGGUAAGCUUCGCCGUCGGAAGGAGAGUGUUGCUAGAGCCGAGCGACAGAAGGCGCUCGAGCAACUCACUGAGAUAUGGAUGAAAGACUUCCUGCCGAAUUACCUGCCGCAUCGGCCAGUUCCAUACCGAAUGGCGUCUACCUGGCGAAAACACGGGCUCCCACCUCGCGCCAGAACCGCUUUGUGGCCCGCAGCGAUAGGCAAUCCUCUGAGGAUCACUAGGAGCUUAUAUGAUAUGCUUACGAGGAAGGCGAAAGUAGCAGAAGAAAAAUGGUCUGCUGCUGUCAGCACCAUGGCUCUCGUUCAAGACGGAUCGCCCAGUGGAAGGCUAGAGCCGGGUUCGUUCAUGGCGCAGCUCCGGGCGAUUGACUUGGAUUUGCCCAGAACCUUACCUGAUCUUGCUGUGAUGAGCGUCCCUGACGGUCCCCUGCGGCAGGAGUGUCGUCUCGUGCUCUCGGCGUUUGCUAUGUACAGACCAGACAUCGGCUACGUUCAAGGUAUGUCGUUCAUGGCGGCGAUGCUUCUCCUCUACAUGGACCCUUUCGGUGCAUUCGUGUGCCUCGCAUCUCUCCUAUUGAGCUCGCCGACACUCCUGGGCUUAUACCAGCUCAACGUCGAAACCAACACUCGACGGUUCCGGAUUUUCAUGAGGCUCCUUAAAGCUCACAAUCCAUCAGUUCAACGGCAUCUCACAGAUAUUGGAAUAACGCCAGACCAGUUCCUCCCGAUGUGGUUCCUCACUCUAUAUUCUAGGCCGUUGACUACCGAGUCGGCAGCCCUAGUAUGGGACCUCUAUCUACUGGAUAAAGAACCCGUGCUGUAUGUUGCUGGGAUAGCUAUUUUGGACAUCUUGGCCGACCGCUUACGGGAUCGUGAUUUCGACGAGUGUCUCAUGCUUCUGCUGAGAGAUACUCGGGAUAUUAUUGGUAGCGACAGAGAGGUCUUCUUGGAUGCCAUGAACUCCGUUAUUAUCCCCGAUGCAGUUUAUUCGGAAAUCACCGAUCUGGAGGCCGAAUUUGUUCCACCACCGACCAUGCCGGGCCAUCGCUUUCUCACAUGAGCCACGUCAUCAACCAUCCCUGCUCGAGAGCUCGUGAUGGAUUGUGUGGCUUUC